GCAGUUAGUCGUAUAUUCAGUUAGUUCAGUUCAUCUCUGCGCUUUGAGCAACAUACAGCAGAGCUUAUAUUUGCCGAUAAAUAUAUAUAUAUACAUAUAUACAAUAAAAUAAUAACGAUAUCGUAAACCGCGUCGUUAAUCGUCAGCAAUUGGCAUUCGUUUCGGUUACGUUUUUUAUUCAUAUAAUUCGUUUAUUUAUUUUAUUACGUUAUUUUAUUUGCAAUAAUAAAUCACUCAUCUUUAAACCCAUUGACCUAAUACUACUCUUACUUCAAUGAGUCAACAUGACUUCACUUGAAAUUUCACUUGAGAAUUAAAGUUUUUUAUUUAUUGUUGUUUAUUGUUUUAUUACAAGCUACAGGAAUAUUUAUCAGAUAUUGUAGAAGGAUGUAUCAGUCAAGAUGUCUAACAAUUUUAUUAUGCUGGACUAUUUGUCGAAGUUAUUCGCAGCCAUUUGACGUUAAAAUGAAUUCAAAUGACACCAAUAAAACAAGAAUAUUUUCACCCCGGAUGGAUUAUGACGAAUGGACACCAUUAGGUCGUGGAGAUCCUUUGAAAAAUGAUCCAACAUUCGAUUACGUUCCUCCAGUUUUGGAUCGUGUUCAAUACUGGCUAGACACCCAAUCCAGUACAGAGGCUUCUUCCAAACGCGACAUUCUAAUUUUGGGAGUAACAGCUAAAAAGACAAGUCCAAAAAUACCUGAUCACUACAUGAAAUUUGGUGACAGUCAAAAAUUAACAAGAAUUCAAGAGUCUCAGGACAAUUAUCGCAAUGAUUUUACGGGUAGCACAGGUGCAGAACCACCAAAAUUAGUCCGAGCAACUAAAUUUCGCCCAAACCUAAACGGCAAUUCAAUAGACUUCCGUAGUCAAAAUCGAAUGCAAUCACUCCCAGCGAGUUAUUAUCCAAGCCCUUAUUAUACUGAUAAGCCUAAGCCGUAUACGAUGAUGAUGCCACCGCCAAUUACACAUAAGUCUAAAAUAAACCAGCAAUUCGGUUCGCUAAAUGACCAAGUCACUGUCGCUUUCAGACCAGGACAUUUACGAAUCCCUCAGAAAAAUCCUCUGUCGACUUCCAUAGCUUUCGAUAAAUCCAAUUUGAUUUAUCAAUCGAGUCAAACCAUAGACCCUUGGACAGCGAAUUUAGAUUCAUCAUCAUCAUCAAUAAACACUUGGAUGAGCAACGAAAAGUUUGAUGAUCAUUAUGAUCACCAUGCAUCAGCAUCUUCAAACCAUCAAGUCAUCGUAGGGCAAAACGCGAACAUUAUUGUCGAUGAUAGCCAAAAAAAUGAGCAGGUUGUCGUCGGUAAAAAAGAAAUAGUACCGACAGAUGAUUCAAAUUUACUUUUCGAUAACAAAACUGUAACACCAGCUCACGUUGUCAUGGCGAAUACUUCUUCCUCAUCAAAUGACGACCAAAGUAGAGUUACAGUAACAGUCGUAAUGCCCACAAAUUACAAACCCAAUAAUACCGAAAAAACAAAUGUAGAAACGAGUACAGUUUCCUUUACAACACCAACAUUACCGACCACGACCCCAACAACCUCAACUCCCAUCCAGACAACUCGAAUACCCUGGCGCCCACCCAAAAUUCCCCCUAAGGCAUUCCCACGUCGACCAGGACUUUCUGAAAUUUCUAUGCCUCUCCAAAGUAUCGCUAAUCAGGACAUGCCUCAGAUGUCUUUACAAAAAUUACCGAGUGUUCUAAUGCAGGCGCCCAAUUCGGCGAACCCCGGAUCAAUGUUUAAUACGGAUAUUAAAAAACCACCGGGUAAAUCACCAUUGGCGUCAAUUUUGAAUAGUCAAUACAAUAAAAUCCCAAGUAAAAUUGAAAUUCCAAAAUCAACAACCGAAUGGUUAACCUCAACAACGGAAUCACCGAUUAUCACUUCAACUAGUGAAUACACAAGCGAUUCAGUUUCAUUGGAUGACAAACAACAACCGGUAGUAACAACAAUUCACAAGCCGAUGUAUCUUAUAAUUCAAGGCCACUCGAAAGUGAAGACAUACAAACCAACCGUUAUGAAGCACAGCUUACCUGUUGAUGAUAAUAAUGAUAAUAUUGUAGAGAGUACAAUGAAAAAAAGGAUGACAACGACAACAAGUCGAUCUAUAUCGAAAUUUGAACAGUUUGUUAAUGACAAUACGAGGGUUGCGCCAACGACAUUACCACCGAAUACUGACAAUCAUGAGGUGAAAGCUGCUAAGGAGAAACGAGUCGAACAUGACAGUUUGCUCAGUCUUGUGGAGAGCGGCUUCAGUGCAUUGACUGCACCACCAAUACCAUUCGAUUCUUCAACAAUUGAUCAAGAUAAUAGCGACAGUACUUAUGAUGAUGAUGAUGAUGAUUUGAUGAUUAAUUGAACUUAAUCGUUUUUAUGAUAUUGUUUGAAGUGCUUAGAGGCUUUAUUGCAAUUAAUUUUAUUGGAUGUGCCAGUGUCAGUAUAACGUUUUAUUUAUUAUGAAUUAUUAUUUAUUCGAUUGUUAUUUUUAUUUUAUUACGUAAAUAAUUUAUUAACACUAGUCUUACGUAUACGAGUUACCAAACAUAGUUUAAAAAAUAUAUAUAUUUAUAUACUUUAUUUUUAAGUUUUAUUAUUUUGUGCCGUAUUUGAA